AUGUUCAGUGGCGUCAAAAAUAUUCUAGGAUUGGGCUCUACUGCCCCAAAUAUUGUCUACGGAAAAACCGAUAAGGAUCUCGGAGUUGAAAGAUUUGUGGAGGACGAUUUCUGGAAACUCAGAAUCAGAACUGUCGCUGCUAAUACCUUGCCUUCAAUGCAUAAUGUGUUGAUGAAAACCGGACGGUGGGAAUUCUUCGACUUCAAUUGGAAACACUUGAAGGACAUCGAACCUCACAUAUUCUGGGACUCCGAUAUAGCAAAAUUCUUAGAAGCCGUGUGCUAUGCUUUAAAAUAUACCGAAAAAGACGAACAAAUCUACCAGACUUAUGUCGACUGGAUUGACCAGAUUGUCAGAAUGGCCAAGAAGGCCCAACAACCAGAUGGGUACCUUAACUCUUAUUUCACCCAAAUGGAUCCUAAAGCUAGAUUCACCAAUAUCAUGGAGAAACACGAGUUGUACUGCUGUGGUCACUUGAUUGAAGCAGCUGUAGCACAUCAUGAAGCUACCGGGUCAAUGGAGUUGGUCGACAUUAUGUGCAAAUAUGUGGAUUUGCUUUAUUUGACAUUUGGCCCUGGGGAAGGUCAGUUACACGGAUAUCCUGGGCACGAAGAGAUCGAGUUGGCGUUGGUCAAGCUAUUGAGAAUUGUGCCCAAGAAGGAGUACUUCGACCUCUUGAACUACUUUGUUGAAGAAAGGGGCCAGAACAACACCGAGUUCUAUAACGAUGAGCUUCGCAGAAGAAACAUCGACCCAGAUGUCUACAAUCCUCUUGCAGACUACGACCACAUGGACAGCGACUAUACACACAUGCUUCCCGCUCCUAAAUCCUAUUGGUACUCGCAGUCAGAAAAGCCCAUACGGGAACUAGAAGAAGUUAGAGGCCAUUCGGUCAGGUUGGUGUAUUAUUUGACUGGGGUCCAGGGGCUUGCGAUGUUGAAGAAGGAUGAUAGUUUGAAAAAGGCGGUUCGGAGACUAUUCGACAACAUGAUAGACAAAAAGUUCUAUAUUCACGGAGGAAUCGGUGCCAUUGACAGAUGGGAGGGAUUUGGAGAAGACUAUGACUUGAGAUGGGAUGGUUACUCCGAAACCUGUGCGUCUAUUGGGUUGGUGUUUUUAUGUGAGAGAAUGCUUUCGGACAAGUUAGACAAAAAGGUUGCCUUGGCCAUGGAAAGAGCCUUGUACAACGAUGUGUUAGGAGGUGUCAGCGUUACAGGGAAGUCAUACUACUACAACCAACCUGUAUGUGGUUGCGGGUUAACUAGACAAAGCUGGUUUGUAUGCGCAUGUUGUCCUCCGAAUGUUGCAAGACUUUUCAGCAGUUUGGAAAAAUACGCUGUUCUGGUAUCCGAUGAUCUGAUCGCUGCCCAUUUAUACAUUGGGGUGUCAUUGAAGUCCGAUGAUUUGGACUUCAAGUUAGUUUCCAAGUAUCCAAAUGAAGGUAAAAUUGAACUAAAGAUUGACUCGAAAAAGCCCAUCACAAUUUCCAUCAGAGAGCCUAACACUGCGUUCCGGACCUCCAACUCGAAGUACAAGCUCUCUAACGGGUAUCUCACAUUUGGACCCCGGAUAUGGACGUCUGAGACUAUCACCAUUGAAUUCGAUAUUCCAGUAGAGAUAGUUAAGCCAGACCCCAAUGUGACUGCGAAUUCGGGACACUUGGCUGUUCAAAGAGGCCCUUAUGCCUACGCCUUGCAAAAAUCUGGGGUAAGUGGAGACGUGAGCUUGGAUGAUAUCAAGAUAUCCGUCAAUCAGAAAUUCGAAGUUAGUGCUGAAGAGUACGAGAAUGCAAAGUAUGUGAGCUUGACCACAACGGCCGAUGGCAGAACCUUGAACUUUGUGCCUUAUUUUAUCACCGGAAACGAACAUCCAGGAGAAGACUUCAGGCUUUGGAUUAAGGACGGUAGUAAGUAG